ACCCACAGACAGAGGGUCCUGAUCAAGGAGCACAUGUGUGAAGGUCCUCUACAGAGGGGCACACAGGGUCCACACAGGAGCAGGCACACCACAGGCAAGACCCAAAAUGGAAAUCCAGGCAGACGCCAUGUAGGCAGGGGGACAGAGCACAGAGCCAGACAGCACCAUGUGGACAGAGGGCGUCCAGAGGGAGACGGGCGGCAGAGGCAGCAGUAUGAGGUGGGAGAGACAGGGAGCCCCAGAAAGAGGAAGUGUCCAGGACUGGGUGGACACAGACCCCAUGUCACCCAUGGGCUAGGUCAGGGCGGAGGUUGCUCAGCAUCUGAAAGCUGGUGUCGUAAGACAAUAGCUGUGUGCAAAAAACAGUCACACAGGCAGCCCAGGAGCCAGCGGGUUUGAGAACAAUCUCUCUUCCCAAAGUCGUCCAAGGAAAGAGUCUGCCUAGAAGACACUGGGAGGGGCUCAAGCCCCAAGACGACCCCGGACAAGGCCAAGAGAAAAAAAGGUACACCCGUGUCCAAGGGGGAUGGGAGCCACAGGUGAGCAGCCUCUGAGGAGGUCAGCCAGGGCAGCAGCAGCGCCCACAAUGACUCACGCCCACCACAACCAGCACAGACCCUAAUCCUGACCCUGGAUCCCAGGCUCUCCCACAGCCAGAACCUUCCAGCACCUCAGUUUCCCAAUCUAUGGUCUCUUCUGGGCGCACAGCUGAGUGGAACUGACACAUCCUUGGCCACCCUGGGUGCUGAGCCCUGAAACUUCACUGCCCUGGCCCCUCUCUGCACACCUCUGUCCUGUCUGAGCCUGGCCAGGAGGCCAUGCAGUGCUGUCUGGCUCUGUGCUCUGUCCACCUGCCUAGAUGGUCUCUGCCUGGAUUUUCAUUUGGCUGACGAAGCCCUAGGAGGGGGCCCUGGAGGACUUGGUUACAGGGGACCUGGUGAGGGGACCCAGUGAGGGGGACUUCAUGAGGGGAUGCCUGGCUGAGGGGACCUGGUGAGAGAAACAUGGUGAGGGGGCCUGGUGAGGGGUGGUCUGGUGAGGGAACUUAGGGGAACCUGGUGAGGGGACAUGGGGGGGGCCUUGGUGAGGGGAUGUGGCGAGGAGUACCUGGUGAGGGGACGUGGCCAAGGAAACAUGGCGAGGAGGACUUGGUGAGGGGACCUGGCGAGGAGUACCUGGUGAGGGGACGUGGUGAGGGGAACCUGGUGAGGGGACAUGGUGAGGGGAACCUGGUGAGGGGAGAUGGCCAAGGAAACCUGGCGAGGAGGACCUGGUGAGUGGACAUGGUGGUGGGAGGCCUGGUGAGGGGAACCUGGUCAGGGGGACUUAUAGGGGUGUCCUGUUGGCGGAACCUGGUGAGGGGACCUGGUGGUGAGAUCUGGUGAGGGGAUCAAAGGCAGAGGCCAUUGUCUUGGUCACACAGACAGAAUCUAGAACCCGUCAUCCCACAGAGCCACAUUCUAGAGUUUAGACUGGGGGACCUCUCCCCAAUUCUGUAAGCCCCUGAAGAGAGAAGGCCUUUCUCUCCAUGCUCCUUUUGCAGGAACUCCCUGGCACCAAGGCCAGGGGGGACAGGACGGUCUCUGAGGAGGAUGGGUCCGUAGGCUGCUCUGAGUGCUGUCCCUGCGCCGAAGAAGUUAUAGUUCCCUCCUGGGGGGCCCCCUCCCUGCCCCUCAGCACAGCCUCAAUCAAGAAGUUCCCCGUCUUUGAUCACCACUCUAAGUAGGAGAAACCCGCCCAGGGCUCCCUUAGAGCCGAAAACGGUGGUGAGUUGAGGGCCAGCAUGGACAGUAGCUCUGGGAUACAGUUAAGCUGGUGAGGAGCUCACAGUCCCAUGCAGCAAGCGCCUACCAUCCCUUACUCCCGGCUCCCAGCUGGAGAUCCCCACUGAGGACGCUGUGGCAGGUUCAGCAGGUCUACCCCUCAGUGUCAGCAAGAGCAGGGAUGGGGGCAUCAGGGGCCGGCCUGGGACAGGGUCGGGCCUCCCAGCACCUGGUAAGCCUCUCACUUAUGGACAGAGCUGGCCAUGACGGAGGAGGUAUGGAUGGGCACCUGGAGGCCCCAUCGCCCCCGGGGACCCAUCAUGGCCCUCUACAGCAGCCCUGGACCCAAGUACCUGAUUCCACCAACAACUGGCUUCGUGAAGCACACGCCCACCAAGCUCCGUGCGCCAGCCUACAGCUUCCGCGGGGCCCCCAUGCUCCUGGCAGAGAACUGCUCCCCAGGACCCCGUUAUAAUGUAAACCCCAAGAUACUGAGGACUGGCAAGGACCUUGGCCCUGCCUACUCCAUCCUGGGGCGCUACCACAGCAAGACUCUGCUGACCCCCGGCCCAGGUGACUACUUUCCAGAGAAAUCCACCAAGUAUGUGUUCGACUCAGCGCCCAGCCACUCCAUCUCCGCCCGAACAAAGACGUUCCGAGUGGACAGCACCCCAGGCCCCGCUGCGUACAUGCUGCCCAUGGUGAUGGGGCCCAACACUGUCGGCAAGGUCUCCCAGCCCUCCUUUUCCAUCAAGGGCCGCAGCAAGCUGGGCAGCUUCAGCGACGACCUACACAAGACCCCAGGUCCCGCAGCCUACCACCAGACUGAUGUGCAGGUGACCAAGUUCAAGGCUCCGCAGUACACCAUGGCUGCCCGUGUAGAGCCCCCAGGGGACAAGACCCUCAAGCCAGGACCAGGCGCCCACAGCCCUGAGAAGGUGACCCUGACCAAGCCCUGCGCCCCAGUUGUCACCUUUGGCAUCAAACACUCUGACUACAUGGUUCCCCUGGUGGUUGAUGUGGAGUAGCUCCAUCACGCCCAGCGUCUGCACAAGAGAUCCACCAGGCCACAGAGCUUGAGGCUGUCUUCACCAGCUGGGCUGGGCCAGCCUGGCCCUGCAGGGCAGAGCACGCUUGUUUGGGCAACUGUAACCAGUUACUUUUUUCCUAUGCUAUUUUAACAUAUGUUAGUUUUCUGCUGUGCCGCAAUUAUUUAAUAAAUCACAUUGCAUUAAUGAGGUUUGUCUUGGUGAAAAGAUCAGGCUUUUCCAGAAAGGAGUCCCAUGCGCUGUCAGCUCACAUGGGUCCCAUCCUGGCUUCUAGGGCCCAGGGUCAGCUUGGAGAGAUGGGAGGGCCCAGGGUCUGUGUGGGGAGAGAUGGGAGCGCCUGAGUGCCUCGGACACCCUGCUCCACACUGUCCCUCCUGAUGCUUUCUGCCUUGAACCCAAAGACACUGCAGCCUGUGGGUCUCCUGAAUAAUGAGGCAAAAGUGAUGCCACCAGGCUUCUGAGGCCAGGCAUACAACAUGCCAAGGAAACAGCUUCUGCCUGGACACCAGAGCCCACCCUACCCCCACCCUUCUGCCACGUGUCCAUGUUUGCUCCAGCACCAGCCAUCAUGUUGUGAGGAAGCCCAACCAUGGUGAGACUGAAUGCUUCGUCUCAGGCACUCAGCCCGGCCACAGGCACUCAGGCCGGCCAGGCCCUCCACUCACCAGCACUGACCUCUGGACCUGUGAGUGACCCUUCAAGUGAAGGCAGCCGCAGGACCACAUCUCCCAGUGAGGCCUCGACAUUAUAGAGCAAAGACGGCCAACCCUGAGGCAGUGCCCCGUCUCCAAUUCAAUGAGACACGAUAAAUCAUUGCUAUUUUAAGUGAAGCUUUAGGGUGACCUGUUACACAUCAGUGGGUAAUACAGGAAGUGCAGGGAAUACAUGGACAGGGAAGGUGGGGUGUCCGCUGAGCCUGAAGAGGGGGAUCUCCAGAGGCUGUCCAGGAGUCCAAGGCCAAGCCUCACUGGAUUUCAACUCAGCCUUUCAGGGAGGUCAUUUUAGGACAGGUGACCUUGACAGACACACUGGUAGGACCAUCACCUGCAC